AUGUCUAGAGGUCGAUCUGAUGAAGACACUGUGAAGCUCAAGGUUCAGGCACAACCAGUAGAUAUCCUACGAUAUCCUAGGAGUCUACUACAGUUGAGUCCUCUAUACCGCAGCAACUUCAAUUUCAACUUGUUCCCUGAAGAGACUCCACUGCAACAAAAAAAGUGUGGCAGCUUAACACCGAUUGAGCAUCGCUUUUGUCUUGUUGCCUCCGACAACGAAGGAGUUCUUAUUAUAAAGGAUUACCAUAUGCUUGUUUUCCCAGAUGGACGAACGAAGAUGGGAGGACUUGGAAAUGGACUGCUUGGUCAAAGUGUUGGAGAAAGUUGGAAUGGAGUCACUGCUUUUGGGUGUCCCUUUUGUGUGCAAGUCGUGAUACAAGGCGACCCUCAAUCCUUCAUGCUGCGAAUGUAUUGA